UUAUGCCUACCACUCCUAUCUCAGUAACAGUGCCUACAAUACUAAGAGACUGGUUGCAUCAGAAGCAGAGCUGGAAAGCCAUCUUUGCUAGCUGCUGAGAGUGAGAGAAACAGCUGAACCUUAGGAGAUCCACAGACUGUCUGACAGAAAACAAUGUCAGCCCCAGUUCCCACCCAAGGUGCCGGAGGUUCCACAAUUUCCGGGGCAGGAGGGCCUCCACCCCCCACCAAUGUGACCAGUAAUAGAAGACUGCAACAGACACAAGCUCAGGUCGAUGAGGUGGUGGACAUCAUGCGAGUGAAUGUAGACAAGGUUCUAGAAAGAGACCAAAAGCUUUCAGAGCUUGACAACCGGGCAGAUGCAUUACAAGCUGGUGCCUCACAGUUUGAAACUAGUGCAGCUAAAUUGAAGAGAAAAUACUGGUGGAAAAACUGCAAGAUGAUGAUCAUCCUUGGUGUAGUAUGUGCAGUCAUUCUUAUUGUAAUUAUAAUUUAUUUCUGCACUUGAAAAGGCAACGAGGGGAAGGCUUGGCAUGGCUUGGUUCAUCUUUUCUGAUCUCUUAUUGAACUCUGCUUUUUAAUUCCUGGUGUCUUGGGAAUUUUGCCUGUUAUAAUCCGUAAGCAUUCAGUGUAGUGUGUUUGGUAUUAUACUGUUUCCACAUGAAACUGUACCAGCUAAAUACUGCCAAGUAAUUCCAUGUGUUGUCUUAUCAUUGUGUCUUAAAAUGCGUCCACAAUGACCUUCAGAAACUGUAAUAUAUGAAAAGCAUCCUACACUUUUCAGAAUCAUAAGAGAACAGUUAUAGGGAAAGUCCUUACUUUAAAAGGACACUGUCAUGUAGUUUAGGCCCAAAAUUAAGAUUUUUAUUAAAUAGUAGGGCCAAAAACGUCAAACUUGACGGCCUAAAUUAGGCUUCAAAAUCCAUAUCUAAACACACAAAUAAAUGUGGCCUGAUUCAUCUAGAGCACCUGCUAAUUCUGUUUUCGUCAAUGGGAGCUGCAGAUGUUUAAUGAAUCUGAAUGUCAAAUUAUUUGUAUUUAGGUGUCUAAAUAUGGACUCUGGAGCCUAAUUUUAGGCACCCAGGUUUGAAACUAUUUGGUCUAGGUUUUGUACAACUAUAGGAAUGCUUUCCUGGAUUUAAACUUUCCAUUUGGUUGUUUCCUAUACAAACCCUGUGGCAGCAUGGUAGUGUAUGAGAACCAGAAGGAGAACUGGAUGAGAAGCAAGAAUGACACUGACAAGAAAACAAUCAUAAAUAACCAAAAAAAAAAACCUUAGAUUGUUAAUAAGCCAAGAUGGCAGCCCUCAGAUUUAUGGUUAAUGUAUGGCACUUGAACCCCAGUUUUCCAAACACUUAUGCCCAUGUUUAACUUUAAGCACAUGAGUAAUCUUACUGAAGUUAGGAGGCUCUGCACAGUUACAGGGAUAUGCCCAUAUGCAUCAAUUUGCAGGAUUGGGGUGCCUUUUUUCAUGGAAUCUCACCAAAUGAACCAUUUGAAAAUCAAUCAGUGGGAGAUUGUGGGUGCGAAUUGUGGCAGGGAGGACCCAUGAAAGAACAGUUCUUUUAUAAAGUGGGCCAUGGAAUGAAAAUGUCACAGAACUGCUGAUCUGAGGCAUUGUUAUUAGUAACACAAGUAAGGCAAUCUAUACAAUCUUAAACUGACAGCAUCCCCUUUUUAAAAGGGCUCUGUUGAGAUAUUUUUUAUACUUUUUUAAAACUCACUGUUUAUAUUCUCAAAAAAAAAAAGGACUUGUGGCACCUUAGAGACUAACCAAUUUAUUUGAGCAUAAGCUUUCAUGAGCUACAGCUCACUUCAUCGGAUGCAUGAGCUGUAGCUCACGAAAGCUUAUGCUCAAAAAAAAUGUGUUAGUCUCUAAGGUGCCACAAGUCCUCCUUUUCUUUUUGCGAAUACAGACUAACACGGCUGCUACUCUGAAACCUGUUUAUAUUCUGUUUACAGUGGCCCUUGUUGCUUAUGGAAGUUUGAAACUGAAAUAGAUUUUCAUUUCAAAUUUUUUCCCAUUGUCCACACACACACACACACUGGUCUGUUGUUAUAGGGGUGCUCACAAGCAGUGAGCUUCUGGCUUUGUAUUAGGAUUUUUUAAGCACUGAAUAAUUUGUUUAGAAGAGGGAGGGAUUACUAUCCAGAGAGAAUGAUAUUGGUUUUUGUUUUCAAACAAAUGUAACAAAUACAAAUAAAGAUGUGUCAAAUUUGGAGCCUAAUGAUCCUGACAGGAUCCACGUAGAGUGAUAAUUGAUAACUUUUCCUCAGGAUUUUGAAAGGGUAAUUGUUGGCAUAAAUACCAGAAGAAGUAUUUGGUUUUUGGUUUUUGUCUUUGGCUGCCAUAGACAAAAUUUGUAAAUGUAUCGAUACACCUGUAAAUAUUUUCAUUGUAAACCAUCAUUAAAUAUGGUGUUAGAGAAAACUCAAAACAGACAGUUAAGCCAAUCAGUAUAUAUACACUAAUGUGACAUUGUAAUGGACGUUCAUACAAAUUGUGCUUAAGCAGAAUUCUGAAGAGAAAAUAAGCAAUGGCUAGUUGAAAGGCUCUAGUUACUUUAUUUUUUGCUGUCUAUUUAUUGCUUUAUUUUUACAUGUUCCAUAUGACAGAGAAAUAGCAGAUCCCCCCAGCCUUAAUGAAAUGGAAAUGUCAUUUUGAAAGCUACUAACGUAUUACUGGGCUUAAUGAUAUGUCCUGCUUACUUCAAUCUUGUGAGGGAAUAAAUGCACAAACUCCAAAAGCUCAUUGACUAGGGAUAGAACGUUUGUUUACUCUAAAGUAAUUAAGGGCCUGAUCUUGUGAGGUGCUGAGUGCCAUUCCCAUUGACUUGGCAGCCUGCAGGAUAGGGGACUUGCAGAAAAAGGCUAAGCAGUCCAACUUGAAAACUUUUUUUAACCAGCAAAACAAUUGUCUGGCUCUUGUAAAAAAAUAACUGCCACUCUAACAUUUAGUAGUACAUUACUCCCUAUGUAAACUGAUUUAUUUCCAUGAGACUGCUAAAAGCUUGUAUAGAGGAGGGAAAUUUGCACUAAUGUAAUUAUGUCUAUGUAGCUAUACGAGCAAAAACCGCUAAUGCGGCCACACUGCCUUGGUGCAAAACAUGGCUUGCACUGGUGCAGAACAUCUACACUGAGAGUAACUAAAUAGGGGCAACCCCCCAUCCUGAAUACACAGGUCUAAAUUACUGCUCACUCUGAGUAAAGAUAGCAGAAUUAGCCUCUCUAGGUUCUCAGUUAGGGGUACUCAUACCCUGGAGAACGCAGAGGUCUUCCCUGGGGUACAUCAGUUCAUCUAGAUAUUUGCCUAGUUUUACAGCAGGCUAUAUUAAAAGCACUUGUGAUGUCAGUACAAUCUAAAAUUUCAUAUGCACACUGACUUGUUUAUACUGCUCUCUAUAUAAGGCUAUGAUUUUGGUAUGAGUAUUUUUAUUAAAAGUCAUGGACGGGAUGCAGGCAAUAAAUAAAAUCACAGAAACGUACACAGAGCUGGUGUUUGGGGAUAGCAAGCAGGGCAACUGCCCAGGGCCCCUUGCCAUGGGGGCCUUGCAAAGCUAAAUUAUGGGCAGCAGGCCUCGAGCUUUGGCUUCACAAGUGAAAAACAGGCUCACGUGUCACUCUGAAAUGUAAGUACAAUAUUUAUAUCUCAAUCGAUAUAUUUUAUAAUUAUAUGGUAAAAAUGAGAAGGUAACAAUUUUCCAGUAAUAGCGUGGCAGUGACAUUUCUGAAUUUUUAUGUCUGAUUCUGUAAGCAAGUAGUUUUUAAGUGAGGUGAAACUUGGGGUAUGCAAGACAAAUCAGCCUCCUGAAAGGGGUAUUGUAGCCUGGAAAGGUUGAGAACCACUACUCUAGGGAAAGCUGUAAAUCUAAAGGUUAACAAAUCCCAGCUAGGGACAUUGCGGAUGAUACUAAACUGGGAGGAGUGGUAGAUACGCUGGAGGGCAGGGAUAGGAUACAGAGGAACCUAGACAAAUUGGAGGAUUGGGCCAAAAGAAAUCUGAUGAGGUUCAAUAAGGAUAAGUGCAGGGUCCUGCACUUAGGACGGAAGAACCCAAUGCACAGCUACAGACUAGGGACCGAAUGGCUAGGCAGCAGUUCUGCGGAAAAGGACCUAGGGGUGACAGUGGACGAGAAGCUGGAUAUGAGUCAUCAGUAUGCCCUUGUUGCCAAGAAGGCCAAUGGCAUUUUGGGAUGUAUAAGUAGGGGCAUAGCGAGCAGAUCGAGGGACGUGAUCAUCCCCCUCUAUUCGACAUUGGUGAGGCCUCAUCUGGAGUACUGUGUCCAGUUUUGGGCCCCACACUACAAGAAGGAUGUGGAUAAAUUGGAAAGAGUCCAGCGAAGGGCAACAAAAAUGAUUAGGGGUCUGGAACACAUGAGUUAUGAGGAGAGGCUGAGGGAACUGGGAUUGUUUAGUCUGCAGAAGAGAAGAAUGAGGGGGGAUUUGAUAGCUGCUUUCAACUACCUGAGAGGUGGUUCCAGAGAGGAUGGUUCUAUGCUAUUCUCAGUGGUAGAAGAGGACAGGACAAGGAGUAAUGGUCUCAAGUUGCAGUGGGGGAGGUUUAGGUUGGAUAUUAGGAAAAACUUUUUCACUAGGAGGGUGGUGAAACACUGGAAUGCGUUACCUAGGGAGGUGGUAGAAUCUCCUUCCUUAGAAGUUUUUAAGGUCAGGCUUGACAAAGCCCUGGCUGGGAUGAUUUAAUUGGGGAUUGGUCCUGCUUUGAGCAGGGGGUUGGACUAGAUGACCUCCUGAGGUCCCUUCCAACCCUGAUAUUCUAUGAUUCUAUGACAGAACCAAAGUAGGAAUUUUAGGGGAGGGUGGAGAAGGGGAGCUGGGUAGCUCAGGCACAUUGUAAGAUCCCACUAGAAAAUCCUGACUGACUUGUAUUUCCAGGAUUGCAGAAUGUGCACUUGCUCUCCCUUUGGGCCUUGUGUGGAGGGACCUGUGUCUCCUAAGUAGUGUACUGUAAUGUAUACUACUUAGGAGAUACAUUACAGUAUCCAUUACUUAGGCUACAUCUCUGAGGAGAUACAUUGCUUGCUAGAGCUCAGAGCUUAUCUACAAGGGGAGAAAUUAACCAGUUUAGCUAUUUUGGAAUGACAUCUAUAGCUAUUCACAUAUAAAUGAGCUAUUCUGGAAUAACGCCCCCCAGGUAGACCAUCUGUUCCAGAAGAAAAGUGAUUUAUUCCAAAAUAAUUACUUAGCUUUGAAAGUGGAGUAAUUAUUCUGGAAUAAAGUCAUUUUUUAUUUUGGAUUAGAGUGAACCCCUGGGCAGAUACUCUGGAAUAACUAUGCCGAUCAGUUUCCUCACAUGGAGAAGCCCUCAGCAAAUAAUUCACAGUGAACAGUUUAUCCACAAAAUGUCUCUUCUUGUGUCUUGCAAAAUGCCUGCAAACAGUUAAAAAUGUCCUCACCUUUGGUAAUUAAAUAUAUUAAAUGAAUGUUUUUAACUCUAUGGAUUCAUCAUGAAUAAGUCACUUGUGACUAUUUGACCCUUGCUAUUUGUGCUGUACUGGCUACUUGUGAUUGGUAAGAUAAGUCACACAGUAAUGUUUCUAUUCCAUGACUGGAUGAGUGAGCAAGCACCUCCUUCCCUGCCCAGCUCAUCUUCACAGCUUACAGAAAGGAACUGCUGAAUGGCUUCCAAAUGGGGGGAUGAAGUUGCUCAGUCAGUGGUAACAUAGAAUUGUGCAAUGCUAUAUUCUUCUGCAUUGUGGAACCCUGUAGCUGUAGAAUGGUGCAGGUUACAAUCUAUGGAGCUGUAAAACAGAAAACCCACCGCACCCACCAAAUCGCAGUUGCACAUCUCAUUAGUGUUGGAGCCAUGAUUUAUUUAUUUUUUCUACUCACCAUGUCUUUAAAAAAAAGGAAAUUUAAAUUUAAAAUAUAAGUCAACCCAGAACUACAGCUGCCUAUGUGAACGUCCAAUAAGUGUUAUGUAUGAGCAAGGAUGAAUUAUUGCUGGUUAGAGUGUAAAGGGCCCAGUUAUGAUUGCUCUAGCACGGUGGUUCUCAAAGUUUUGUACUGGUGACCCCUUUCACAUAGCAAGCCUCUGAGUGUGACCCCCCCCUUUAUAAAUUAAAAACACUUUUUAAAUAUAUUUAAAACCAUUAUAAAUGCUGGAGGCAAAGCGGGGUUUGGGAUGGAGGCUUACAGCUCUCGACCCCCCCCCCCCGUGUAAUAACCUCGCAACCUCCAGUUUGAGAACCCCUGCUCUAGCACAUAUGUGCAUGGGUGGGGCUGGUAAAAGGAUUCACGGGGAGCUUCUCCCCCAACCACACCCCAGCAAUUCCACAUAGGAGGCAGCCAUAAUUUGGCUGUUUGUGAAGGCCACCGCCUUGGGGAUUGAACUGGUGACCUCCAGUUCUGAAUGCAUCCGAUGAAGUGAGCUGUAGCUCACGAAAGCUUAUGCUCAAAUAAAUUUGUUAAUCUCUAAGGUGCCACAAGUCCUCCUUUUCUUUUUACGGAUACAGACCAACACGGCUGCUACUCUGAGUUCUGAAAGUAUGAGUCUGUACAGUUUGAGCUAAAGAGUCAGGCUCUGUAACCGACCAUUGUACCAAACCCUCACCUUCUGGGGGUCAGGCAGAGGGGGACUUGUAACACAUGCUGACCCUGACCAUUGGAUUACACAUACUCAACACGGAAGAGCAACUGGCACUGUUAGCAGGGUACACCACACCAAAGGGAGGGUGGCUGGAGAGGGGUGUAUCCAGGGACCCUUCCCUUACUACCGUGCACCUGUUACAGCAGCUCUGUCCCUAUUCCAUAGCUGUUACAGGGGGUGCCAUUGAGGCUGUUCCAGUUACUACCCCAGCGGUAGUAUUUGCUCCUGUUCUGCACAGACAUAAUAUUUCCAAGGAUCCCUGCUUGGACAUUUCACUUUCUCCCCUUCUAACACAGCUCACCUUGCAUUAUUUUGGCACUAAAAUAUAAUAUAUAGUAUGUAAAAUGUGAGUGAUUUAACAUUGCACUGGGAACCCAAAUCUUUGCACUUCCUCACUUGUCUAUCUAAAUAUGUUGCUGUAACAUCAGUGUCUUCACUUAAUAAUAUUAGGCAAGGGUACUUUCAACACAUUGUAAGUGGCAUAAUUAAAAAAAUCUUGUAAAGAUCCUAACUAUAGCCCUGGCCCCAUAGGACUAAGACCUAUUUAAAGACACUGUUUAAUCAUUUUUAAAACCAGCAUUUUUAAUUCCUUGGGAUCUUGUAUAACGUUAAUCCUAUAGCAGUUCAAGGCUGAUGAGGUCUUUUCUAAGCAUGCAGAGCUCUUGGCACUUUUUUUCUUUUUUUAAACCGAGGUCUGGAAUGAGUGAUUAAAAUACCUACAAUGAGUGAACAACACUGUAAUAAUUACAGUAGGAAAGAAAUAUAAAAAUUAAAGUCCAGUACAUGUCUAGCUUGACAGCCAGGGAAAUUCCCACAAACCUAUCAGCAGUCCAGCUCUGUCCUCAAGAUGUCCAUCACUUGCAUGAUAGAAUUUGUAUUGAGCUCAAAUUGCAAUUUCUUUUUUCAGUGCCAUCAUUUUAGGGCAAGAUUGUGGUGUUAAGCCGCUGUCCUUAUUUGGGUGACAGGUAAGUAGGGGCUAUGAAAUGGUGAUCUUUCCCAGAAGUAUGUCUGCUAUGGCAGGCAGAAAGCCUCCAGAAACUCUUUGGAAAUAUUGGCUUCAGUGGCCCCUUCUUCACCCUUUUACAGGGUGAAUUGGCCUCUGUUCCACCCACGUGCUAACCUAGUGCUUCUAAUCAAUGAGAGAGGUGUGUGCGUAAAGCCCCACCCUCUUCCUUACUCCCCUCUUUGAGAAUCUAGGUCCACCCUCUGCAUUAGGAGCUCUAUCUUACCAGUUGCUAGGCACACUGGCUCUAUCCAAUAUUAAGCCUGUGAUUCCACAUGUCCUUGUGCACAGCCAUUUCUCCUAUCACCUGUACAGAGGUAUAGGGCUUUAAUCCAACGCCCAUUGAAGUCAGUGGAAAAAUUCCCACUGAGUUUACUAGCCAUUGGAUCAGGCCAUACAGAGGAAGUGGAAGCUCUUUGUACUUUCCCUCCCUUUGUCACCACACAGAACUGGGCACAGUGCAACACUAACUGUAUUCAAUUUAAAAGCCAAUAGUUUAACUAGCUCUGUACAGAAAAAUAAUUGUCAGUAUUCUUCAAAGACUGUUCCCUACAUAGGCACUGCACUAGAAUUUGUAAAGGAACAAACCAACAACACUCAGAAAUCAUUCUUUCCUCCAAAUUGCCUUUCCCAGAAACACUUCCCGUUCCAUUUCAAGAAAGGUUCUUUCUACAACUAAUUUCCUGUCUAUAAUUCAUGAAAGCAGUUCUUCGCUGGUGCACUUAGUGGCUUUCUUUCUCAGCUGUGGACCUGUGGACUCCCUACCUUAAACACACACAGAUCUAAGCCUCCCAAGGAGCUUAUUUCUUUUUCUGUUGUGUUAACGUUGAAAAGCUACAUCUUACAAUAAAAUGGAAAACCUAAAAAAAAGGUUGCAGUCUAGUUACAUGCAGUUUUGCUGGAGUAGACACUUGGUUAUUCAACAAUGAGUCACUUCUGCAGUAACCUCAUUCUGUCAUGACUUUAUCACAUGCACUUGCUCGCAAAAGCAACAAAGCCAAAUGCUGCACUCUUUUAAAAAAUGAAAACAUUCUCAUGGCUAAUUCAUGAUUCUCAAGUAAAAUAAUGAAGCCUUUGUAGGUUCAAUAAGUGUAACCGAGUAAUGAGGCCUUCAAAGGAAAAACACUUCAGAGGAUAUUAAAAAUAAUUAUGAAAAAGUCUGCUCACCCUUUAGCUUUUACCCCAUUUUCCUGCUUCCCUGCUACCCACGCUCCCCAUUAGGAUAACCACAUGUCCUGAUUUUAGGAGCUUUGUCUUAUCUAGGACCCUAUUAUCCCCACAUAGAACCCUAUUACCCCCCACCUUGUCCCAAUUUUUCACACUUGCUAUCUGGCCACCCUAACCCAAAUACUCUUCGUUCCCCAUCUUCUUCAAAAGGCAACAAAGGUCGUUCAAAUUUCUGCUUUUGGAGCAUAUUGUGUAGGGGCAGAUUUGCAAGAGUGUGUUGGCCUAGCUUCACUCCCAUUGCACAGGAGUUCCCUGAAUGGUUUUUUCACCAUUCACUUCAGUGAAUGCAGGGUUGGGCCCACGCAGAACCCUUUAGAAAACUCCACCCAUAAUGCCUUCAAGUCUUCAAACUGGUUUCUUAUUGGUCCUAGGAGUGGGAUAAAGGGCAGAAUAUGGUCCUGCACCUUUAUUUGACAGGGAAAAAUGGAACAGGCAUGAUGCUCCCUGUGGACUGAUGGUUAUCCAGCCACUUUUUUUAAACCAUUCAACACAUCUUGAAUUGUUACAUGGUCAUUUUAAUUGACCUUUUAGUGCCUCAAAUAGCAGACCAAUCAUCAACAUUGACAGAAGAGGGAGUAAACCGCACAAUGAUGGCACAGUAAUGAUAGCACAAUAAGGGCAAGGUACUAAAUUAGGACGAGCUGUGAACGUCAUUGACAUGAGUAAAAUAAAGCAAGUGGAAUUAAAAAAUACUGAAGGUUAUUGAAUGAUUUUGUAGCUGACUAUACAUCAGUGCACCUCACCUACAUAAAUACAGGGUUCUUGCUACAUGAUUUAAGUCUGAGUCACAUAAAAUGGUUUGAUGUAUAAUAUAGUGGGCACCAUUUAAAACAGCCAUUAGUGCAAAUAGGAGAUGAAUUUACCUCCUCAGCAUUUGCCAUUUAAAGCAUAGGGAAUAUGACAUAUUGCAGUAAAGUGAAAUAUUGCAGUGUGAUAAUUGUCUUUUUUUUUUAAAGCUACCCAUUUUGUGUCUAGAAAGCGAAGCCAUGCAUGUGCUGUUUGAAUUCCAGCAGUGCCCUAAGUCCCCAAUGAAGAUCAGGGCUCCAUUGUGUUCGGUGCUAUACAAACACAUAUGAAAAGUCUCUGCCUCAAAAAAUUUACAAAACCUUAGUCUGCCAGGAACAGGAAUCUGUUUUAGUUAUAGAAGAAUUAUUUUUUUAACCACUAGGUUAAACAAUGGUUUCUGCUCCACCUUCUACACUUUUUUCCAUUGCUAGUUUAUGCCAAUUUACCUCAAUCAAUCCAUAGACCAAAGUUGGGGGAGGGGAUGCUGAUGGAGGAGAGUGGGAAAAAAGUGCCUAGAAUUAAUUAAUACCCCCAACAUGUAUAUAUGAUCCCUUGUUUUCUAUCAUGUGUGGUGAAAAGAACUUGAAAGAGUUAAGAGCCUGUAAUAUUUUAAUCCAUCUUCUGAAGUUAGUUUUGUCAGCCAAUAAAUUGCAUGUUUUUCUAAAAGAGAAACCAGUAACAACACCUGAUGUAAUCUUCUGUCUAUGAUCAAUAGGAUAUCUUGGAUUUAACGGACCCAGGAAUUUACAGAUUCACAGCAUGUCAUUGCUUCCGGUGUUUUGGCUAUUAAUUAUAGUAUUGAUCUGAAAGGAUACAGCAGUUUUUUUCAUUUGUCACUGUAUUGUUGGCUUGGUCUGAGGGUUUAGCUGUAGGCUGUUAUUAAGAUGGUCCUGCCAAGUGUACAGGGAGACACUAUGAUAUUUCAAAUAAUUAAGUACAGACUUGUAUGGUGUUCUAGGGAAAUUCAGGGUUCAAGGUAGAGACAUAAGCAUAGUGAGUUUACAUUUAGCUGUUGUUUUUUUUAAACCAAAGGUCUGUUAUGAAAGAGCUUGGUAGGCAUAAAAAAAAAUCCAAAUAUUUAGUUUCAAAACCCUAUGUGUUUAUGAAAAACAUAUUGCUGUAGUAAGACAGAUAUGAUAAGCCUGACAUGUUCUUGUAUGAGUUCUCUUCCUCCCCCCACACUUCCCCAAUAAAUAAGAGGAUUAAAAAUAACAAAGAAAAUAUGGAAGUGCCUGAGAAAUCAGCACAAAUUUGCAUAAUAAAAAUCUGACUCAUAUUUUGGGAUGACAAUUCCUGUGAUGCCACCAAUUGAUUUUCAAAAUGAACCACACCCACACAGGAAUAUUUUGUCUAGAAAAUUAUCUUAAGAAUUUUGCCUUACUGAAAGGAUAGAGCCUAACACCUGUCAUUUAACCUGUGACUUGAACAAUCCUCUUAUCUGUGGCAAAAAGAUUUCCCAAGAGAAAGCAAUCAAUUCCGUAGAAUCUAAGCUUUUGUUUAACAAUACACUAAGUCUUUAGCCUUUGUGGUCAUAAAAAUCACUUUCCAGAUAAGAAAGAGCAGAUGUAGAGGGGCUGUGCUGCAAGCUGUCCCCAACCCUUGCUUAGGUUGAUAACAAUGAAUUUAUAAUAAACUCCCUUUUUUUUUCCCCUUUAGAAUUAGUGUCUGUUGUAUUUGGUAUAGUGUAUACAAAACUACCCAGGUUUAAUGCAGUGUUCAUCAAGAAAGCAAACUUUAUGGCCAGCUAAAUAGUAUUAUUUGAUGCUUUUCAUUUAUGAUCAAAUGUAUAUAGAAGACCCAAUCCUGCAAGGUGGGGAACAUCACCUGACCAUCUUUCUGCACCCAUUGAGUUCAGGGUGACUAGAGGACUCAUUAGUUCAUAGACAGGUCCAGAAUGAGCCACACAGAAGAUCUGAUUGAGAAAAGUACCCCUGUUCAGGAAAGCACUUAAGUAUGUGCUGAAAAUUAAGCACAUGUUUAAGUGCUUGCCUGGAUCAAGGUGAGAAGGACGUAUGUGUACAAUGGAGUUUAAACAAAAUAAUUCAUUAUGAAUUGCAUUGUGCUAUUGUACACCUACUUCAAUAGCACCCAACCCUAUAUUAGCUGAAUGCUAAUAAUCACAAAGAAUUUGUUUCCAUAUUAAUAAAUGUUGUUCCCCACCUAAUCCAUCAACCUCAUGUGAGAUAGAAUCCCAUAGUCCCUGUAAUCUUGGCAGGACAGAAAGAAUAUUGCCUAUUACAUUGCAACUGAACAGAUUGCUAAUGUAACUUUCUUAACCACUUAAAACUGAUUUAUUCUACAGCCUCUGUGAUAUGCUUUUCCUGUUAUAGUUAUUUUUCCUUGUUCCCACUGACUUACUGGUGAGUAAUUUACAUGACCACUUACCAAUGUAAUGUUUGAUUUGGCCCAUAGUAUUUUUCAUCUGUGAAAUAUAUCAUCUCACACCAAUACUGUGUGUGUUAUGUAUUGAAAAUGUGCAGCUUUUUCUGUUAGACUACCAUUCUAAAAGUGCAAAAGAAAAGAAGGCAGCAGUGCUGUUUGGAAAAUGUUUCUGUUCAAUGCCAACAUAGGGCCAACUUCUGUAGUGCACUGUGGCCCCUUUGCACCACUCCAGCAUACAAAGGGACGCAUAAAAAGCGUGAACCUAUUACCCAGGGAAUACCUGCAACAGGUCUAGUGCAAGGGGAAUGCCAGGAAUAUGCCAGCAGUGUAAUGGAUAUGGUCGGAGCAUGCUAUACUUUGGCUAGUCUCAUUUGCUAUAACAGCCUCUAUUUCAAGCCAUUACAAUUUAGAGCAGCCUUAAAUGGUGUCAGUGGUCUCCAGUACCUGGCCUAUUGUUGCAAUUAUUUUCCUUUUUUGUAUUUUUUAAGCUUGUCACCACAUCUGAAUAGUUUAGAGUAGUUUUGCCCUGCUGAAUCAUAAAGGCUCAGUGUAGACACUGGUGUCCCUGCAAUAUAUAUCCUGCAUUUCAAGUUGAACGCUAUUAGCACCAAAGUCCAGUCAUCUUUGCACAGGAAAUAUUUAUCAUCUCCUUCCCCACAUCCUCCCCUAGAGAUACUAAGGGAAAUUUCAGAAUAGAAAUAUUACAUGAUAAAUUAAGCUCAAGUCUCUCUUUCUGGAUGAUCAGAAGAGAAAGAAAUAGGCUUUGUAUUUUAGACAGGUAAUGAAAAAGUUAAUGUGUCUCUUACCAUCCAGCUUCUCUAUAAAUGUUCCAGUUUUUCUAAAAGGUUUUGUUGUAUUGAAUGUUGGGUUUGAUAAAUAAAGAAGCAAUUUCCACUAGACACAGAUUCAUACAGUAAGCCACCCCCCAGUGCUGCCUGUGGGACACUGACUUACCAUAAAGAUCAGGGCUGUCUGUGGCUGAAAAUAUUCCCUGGAAAAGUGUAUAUUCACUUGGCCAAUUCUACCCUUGGAUGUGCUCAAAAAAGCCCUUUGGAUGGCAGUAAAAGCUCCGCAAGCACAUCCAGUGGCCCAUUGUCUUUUCUGUCCCAAUAUUAUGAUCAGAUUAGAGUCAAAUUUGGGGCUGGUGCAAGCAGCUGUAUCCCCACCUACUUCAAAGAAUUUGUACUGACGUCAACAAUUGCUUUGUGUACUAAGUUAUACCUGCUUAGGCCAGGUCUGUCUUUGAACCAAGAUCUCUCUGCACAUGUAGAGUGUGAUCCUUUGCCUUCUAAAGUAAUUGGAGAAGCUCCCAUUUACUUUAGUGGUGAAGGAACAGGACUACAACACCCAUUAAAGUCAAUAGAGGUUUCAUAUGCAUUACAAGCCUGAUCUUGAACUGUUGAGGCUGGUGACAAGACUCCUGUUGAUGCCAGCGAUACUGUAUCAGGAGUGGGAUAGAGCGAAGAAGACUCUUCUUGUAUAGUUUAGUGGUUUGUUUAAGUCACCAAUUCACAGGCCAGCACUCCUUAAACACAGCUGAAAAGUAAUAGGAGAUUAAAAACACCUUUCUAUCUCUCCCCACUUAAUCCAUAGAGUGCUGUUUUCCCUAACUAGUAGAAUAACAGAAAUAAGCAUUCAGUUGCCAUGUCUACGAGAAACUGGUGCCUAAACUCCAGACCUAACCUUUAACUUUAUUUCUUAAAGGCCCCCACAGUAAUGUUAAUUCUUUUGUACUGCAGGUCAGAAAGGAUCUCUGUGCUCUGAGUGGCAUCACUUACUUUGUAUACUCUACUGUACUGAGCAAACAAUUGUUUGUGCCGCUAAGAAACAUUCAUCAUGUCUUAUCAUAGCUAUUUUGAAAAACUGUUGUAGAGACCAGUAAUUUUUCUCCGAUUGCUUUAACUGUAGGUCAGUGAAACUCCAUUUCUGACUGAGAAAUUAUGCAUGCAGACACUUUUGUUUAUUUUGUUUUGGAUGCUAAAUUAGUGAUAUCGUUUACAAAGUUUGAUAUGACUACUUUUUGUGUAUAGUGAUUUUUGAAGUGGUAAAUAUAUUUUCCAAGAGUACUGUAUACAUUUGUAACAUGUAGGUUUGUGCCAAUAAAUUUUUGUUUAAGA